AUGGCUUCGGCAAUUAGCUCCCUCGCUGCCAAAUUCAGGCCGUCAUCCCCACGUUCGUGGUCAGCACCCCAGGCGCUCCCAGCAGCAGGAUUCGAUGUCAUCGGGCAGGACCAGCUUGUCGAAGAGGAAACCCUGCCAGAGUACAUAUCAGAACACUUCUAUCCUGUUCGACUUGGAGAAGUCUUCGACGACCGAUUUCAAACUGUGGCGAAACUUGGCUAUGGCUCAUCCUCCACCAUUUGGCUUGCGCGUGACCUUCAACAUCAUCAAUAUGUGGCUCUUAAAAUCUACAUUCACAAUUCAGCCCAGCAUCGCGAGCUGCCAUUUUACGAGCACUUAGACAAGUAUCUCCCAAGCCGGCACCCGGGUGCAAAAAAUGUCAGAAAGCUACUCUCUUCUUUUGAAGUAUUCGGCCCUUAUGGCAAGCAUGCCGCGCUCGCUCUUCAGGUUUCUCAAAUGAGCAUUCGUGAUAUGGGUAUAGUGUUUAUGGACGGCCGUGGAUUUAGCGAGGGAUUCGUGAAGGGAACCAUCAAGGAGCUUCUCAAGGCGCUUGACUUCCUGCAUACCGAGAACAAGCAUGUCAGGCAACCAGACAUCGUAGCUGAGACGAGACCAGAUAUUCAUCCCGGCAACCUGCUCCUCGGGGCAAAUGACGACGCUCUCUUCCAAAAACUGGAGGAAAAUGAGCUCUCGAGUCCCGUUUCUCGCAAGCAACUUGAAGGUCGAACUAUCUACCUCUCUCGACUGAUGAAGCCAAAGGCCGGGCCGCUACUGCUUGCCGAUUUUGGGGAAGCCAGACUCGGCUCUGGUCCCCACGCUGGCGACAUCAUGCCAAUCAUGUACCGGGCCCCAGAGACGCUCUUGCAGAUCCAAUGGGGCUAUCCAGUCGAUAUCUGGAGUGUAGGACUUACAGCGUGGGAUCUCCUUGAGGGAAGGACAUUAUUCAGCGCUCGCAAAGAGGAUGGUAGUUUCUCAGACGGCGUUCACUUCGCUGAGCUCAUUGCGGCACUGGGCUCACCGCCUGUCGAGCUCCUCAACCAGCAUCGCAAUCGAGCGCUCGAGUACUGGGAUGCACAAGGAAACUGGAGCCAGUUUGUGCCUAUACCGAAAGAGAAAACCCUCGAGGGAAUGGAGAGCAAACUUGAGAACAAUCUCAAGUUUCUACAAUUCAUUCGAAGAGCUCUGACGUGGGAUCCAAUCGCUCGGCCUACGGCGAGGCAACUUCUGCAAGAUCCAUGGUUGACAGACUAG